CGGUCGAAUCCAGAAGAAGAGGCUAAGUAUAUUGCGAAAUACCCCCGCCAUAUCCUUGACCGUAUCGCUCGUGUGUCCAUGGCGUAUCGAAGAUGGUCAACAUAACAGAAAAAAGUCCACGAUACGUCGUUUGCCGUAUCUGAUACGUAUCGGAGGAGUAUCCGAUACGAGCAUACCCCUCAUGACCGGCGUAUCGGUGCAACAUAGAGAAGCCUUCGCGCUCAAGUUUCGGAAUACAACAGUCAUAUUUUCUUUACCCAUUUUAUCGGGUUCUUCAUUUCAUAUUGUGAUUCUGAGAAUGCAGUAAUCCCUUAGCAUGCUUUGCGUCUUGCUUUGUCUGAGACCCGUAAGUAAACACUUGACCAACAUAACCACCAGCGCUUUGUUCUCUACCAAACCAACGACAACAUCAAUACUUCUGAGACAAUGCAAGUCACUUCUCCAAGCUAAGCUCAUCCACCAACAGAUCCUGGUCCAAGGCCUCACGCACACCAUAACCGACCUCAUUGCCGCCUAUGUAGCUUGCAAUGCUCCUUCACAAGCCUUGGCGUUGCUCCAACGCCUUGUGCCGUGCCCAUCAAUUGUUUUCUGGUGGAAUGUGCUUAUACGGAGUGCCGUGCGCUCUGGGUUGCUUUAUGACGUGCUUUGUCUCCACGGGCGAAUGCAAAUGCUUGGGUGGAGGCCUGACCAUUAUACUUACCCCUUUGUUCUCAAGGCUUGCGCCGAGCUUCACAUGUUCAGUCGAGGCUCUUCGGUCCAUGCUGCUUUGUAUGCAAAUGGUUUUGAUUCAAAUGUGUUUGUUUGCAAUGCGGUUGUUGCUAUGUAUGGCCGCUGUGGCGCUUUGAAUGAUGCGCGUAAAAUGUUCGAUGAAUUGCUUGAGAGAGGAAUAGGGGAUGUCGUGUCCUGGAAUUCAAUUGUGUCAGCUUAUGUUCAGAGUGGAGAUUCGAAGAAUGCACUCUCAAUGUUUGAUCGGAUGAUGGGCGAUUUUAGUGUACGCCCAGAUGCUUUUAGCUUAGUUAAUGUUCUUCCUGCUUGUGCUUCGGCUGGGGCACCAAUGUGGGGUAAGCAGAUUCACAGUUAUGCUAUUAGGAGGGGAUUAUUUGAAGAUGUGUUUGUGGGUAAUGCCGUUGUUGAUAUGUAUGCUAAGUGUGAGAUGAUGGAUGAGGCAAACAAGGUAUUUGAGAGGAUGGAAGAAAAGGAUGUGGUUUCUUGGAAUGCCAUGGUUACUGGGUAUUCUCAGAUUGGUAGACUUGACGAUGCUAUUGGUUUUUUUGAGAAGAUGAGGGAGGAGAAGAUUGAGUUGAAUGUUGUCACUUGGAGUGCUGUGAUUGCAGGAUAUGCUCAGAGGGGACAUGGUUAUGGGGCGCUGGAUGUGUUUCGGCAAAUGCAGGCAUGUGGCUCUGAGCCAAAUGCUGUUACCCUCAUAUCUCUUCUUUCAGGGUGUGCCUCUGCUGGAGCACUGAUUCAUGGAAAGGAAACUCAUUGUUAUGCAAUAAAAUGGAUCCUGAACCUAGACAGAAAUGACCCUGGAAAUGAUAUAAUGGUAAUUAACGGUCUGAUUGACAUGUAUACUAAAUGCAAGAGUCCCAAAGUUGCACGAAUGAUGUUUGAUUCUGUUGCACCAAAGAAAAGGAAUGUGGUGACUUGGACUGUGAUGAUUGGUGGAUAUGCCCAACAUGGGGAAGCUAAUGAGGCACUAGAACUCUUCUACCAGAUGCUCAGACAGGAUUUCCCCCUAAAGCCAAACGCUUUUACUAUAUCUUGUGCCCUGAUGGCUUGUGCUCGUCUGGGUGCCCUGAGGUUUGGUAAGCAAAUUCAUGCUUUUGUACUACGCAAUCAGUAUGAUUUUGUGAAGCUGUUUGUGGCCAAUUGCCUGGUUGAUAUGUAUUCCAAAUCUGGAGACAUUGAUGCUGCUAGAGUUGUGUUUGACUACAUGCAACAAAGGAAUGCUGUUUCUUGGACUUCACUAAUGACAGGUUAUGGAAUGCAUGGUCGCGGUGAAGAAGCCCUGCAAGUUUUUGAUGAGAUGAGGAGUGUGGGGCUGGUGCCUGAUGGUGUAACCUUUGUUGUUGUUCUCUAUGCUUGCAGCCAUUCUGGAAUGGUUGAUGAAGGAAUGAGGUACUUUAACAGCAUGAGCACAGAUUUUGGGGUUGUUCCUGGGGCAGAACACUAUGCUUGCAUGGUUGACAUCUUGGGUCGUGCUGGUCGCUUGGAUGCCGCAUUGGCGCUGAUCAAAGGCAUGCCUAUGCAACCAACACCAAUUACAUGGGUGGCCUUGCUCAGUGCGUGCAGGACCCAUGGGAAUGUUGAACUUGGUGAAUAUGUUACACAUCAGUUAUCAGAGACGGAGACAGAGAAUGAUAGUUCAUAUACAUUGCUUUCAAACAUAUAUGCCAAUGCCAGGCGUUGGAAAGAUGUGGCCAGAAUCAGAUUGUUAAUGAAACAUACGGGCAUCAAGAAGAAGCCCGGUUGCAGUUGGGUGCAAGGAAAGAAAGGCAAUGCAACCUUCUUUGUGGGUGAUAGGACUCAUCCACAGUCUCAAGAAAUUUAUGAGACCCUUGCUGACUUGAUUAAACGGAUCAAAGAGAUUGGAUAUGUCCCUGAGACAAGCUAUGCACUUCACGAUGUCGAUGAUGAAGAGAAAGGAGACCUUCUUUUCGAGCAUAGUGAGAAGUUGGCUUUGGCCUAUGCUAUCCUAACUACUCCACCAGGCGCACCUAUCCGGAUCACCAAGAACUUACGUGUCUGUGGAGAUUGCCAUAGUGCGAUUACCUACAUAUCCAAGAUUGUUGAGCACGAAAUCAUAUUGAGGGACUCAAGUCGCUUUCAUCAUUUCAAGAACGGAUCCUGCUCCUGCCGAGGCUAUUGGUGACAAAAGAAGUUAUCCUAGUUGUAGAUGAAGAAACUAAAUGGUAGAAAUUUGAGUAGAGUCAGUAGAGGAAUGCACUGAAAUGUUACUGGAAGAUUUGGGAUCCUCAUAGGUGUUCUGCAUGCCCGUAAAGUAAAGUAAAGGUUUGUGUCGUUUUCUUUUCUUUUACUUAGAAGGCAUUUGAAUUGGUGGUUGAUUCCUUUAAUUAAUCUAGGUGUUUCUUGAGUAAUUUGCUAUUAAGUUACUUCUUUAUGCAUUUCUAAGAGUUUUGUUGUUCAUUUACUCUGCAUUAACUUCUGCAUAGCCACCUUGGGGGAAAGUUGUUAAUUUUUCAGAAUACACUGCCAUCUCUUGGUGUUGGCCGCUUGAAGUUGCGUGGAGAUGAUCGUUGUGUCUAUGGAACUGAUAAAGAUCAUCCAUUGAGACCACCAGAGGAUCCUUUCUACAAGCAGAUGGCUGCAGAAUUUUCCAAGUUCCAGAUAAGGGUAGAUGUAUAUGCCUUCGGUGACAAGUACACUGAUAUAGCCUCAUUAGGUAUAUAGUGGUGAUUUUAUCUUCUGUUUCACUAUCAUAGAACCAAAGAUCAAGAUGAUGUAGGAAAUCGGAGGAUCUUCUACUGAUAUUUCUCUCUGUUGAUACAUUCAGAACUCCUACAUUAUCUACCAAUUUUUAGUUUAGUUGUAUACCGGGGGGGCAGGUGUAUUAUUACCCUAAUUUUCAAUCAACAAUUCAUGGAGAGAAGUUGAGACAUGAGUUAGCGAGAGACCUUACUAGGGAAACUGCCUGGGAAGCAGUCAUAUGCAUAAGAUGUGAAAAAGGACUUCGCUUUACAUCUUAUCAUGGGAACUUUAUGCUGAGGUCCACCGACUUAUUAGCACUUCCAGCUGUAGAUUGUGAUAAAGCAUUGAGUUGUUACUAACUAUUCAGACGGUAUAUUUCCAAGUUGCUUUGAUAUACACUGCAUCCUGUGGAGAAAGGCGUAUUAGAGUACAUACGGCAGCAGCACCGGUGGUUACAGAUCUGGGAGAGAUGUACCCCCAGGCUGCUACAGGUGCCAUUGUCACCUUGCUUUCCAGGCUAUUCUAGUGGUGUUGUAUAUAUUGUGAAUCUUGAUUUCAUAAGUUGUUCGGAAAUAAUUUGCAGCAGUUGAAAAAACUUUGUCCCAUAAGUUGGAAGAUGCUCGGAACUCUUUGCAGCUAAGAAUUGUCAAAGCCCUCAAAGAAUAUCCACAACACCACUUGGGAGGGAAGAUGAUAUACCCAGUCUCUGCCAGUUAAAAACCUGUUAAAGCUCCUAUAUCCAUGUUUGAUACGGCUUGAUGAGUAUCUUUUGAAUGUAAUAAAAUUCCAUCAACUUAAGUUGGGUGAUGUCAUUUGGCAAUCAUUAAAUUUGUUUCCGCUUCUUGUAUUUGUUGGCAUCUUCUGAGGCUAAUGACUUGAAAAGCAUAGAGAAUAGGUUACCACUAGUUGCUGAGAGCUUAGAUUCCAGAGGCCUCUAUAUAUUUGAUGAUGGGUUCCGCUAUGUUGUGCGGUUUGGUAGAGUUCUUCCACCUGAUAUAUACAAAAAAAUAUAUGAAAAAAAAUCAAAAUCCAAUCAAAUAUAGUUACCAAUCAAUUAAAUAUCUGCCUCUAUUUCUCAAGGAAGGGUUGCUCAAAGUCUUAAAUCUUGUACAAAUAUCUCAAAUUUUAAUUUUAAGAUCUUUCAUCCCGCGCCUUUUUUAGUUGAUACAAUCCAAUAGAAACACACUUGUCAACUCUUGUAAAAUGUCACCCAUGAUGAACAAUAAGUCUUUUAUUAAUUAAUUGAAUGUAAUCUAUUUUAUAUAUGCACCAGGACCUUGAUUUGUGGCUAUUAUUUUAUUUAUUACUGAUUCAAUGAUCAUGUGCCUUACAGUUGUUAACUUGUUAUAUAUAAACAUAAGCUAUAGAGUUCAUAAAACCAAGUCUUUCUUUAAAUAACUAAUUUAAUGUGAACAUAUUUUGCUGCUCUUUCCUUGUUUCUUCCUAUAAUCUCCUCUCUGACUAUAUUAAAUUCUUCUCUUUUCUCUCAUUCCUUCCACCAUUGCAUCUAUCUUCUUGUUCAUUUUCAGAUUUUCAAUUCAAAAAAUUAGAGUCAUAAGUUAUAUAAGCAUGACUGGUAGUGUUGUUGUCCAGAAUUUUUUAGAAGCUGGCACCAGAAAGAUUGCUUCCCUCAUGCCCUUGGCUGCAGGGUUUCUUACAUUUGUGGGAAUUGAGUGCUUUGUGGAUCAAUUGGUUGCUCCAAUCAAACCAAUAAUUGGGCAGUACUUGGGCAAGUAUCUGCUAGCCUGCAGUGGUCCUGUGGUGACCAAAUACCUAGACAUUUAUGUUGCUUACAUUCUAAGCUACAAGACCAACAUUGAAAGCCUCUUGAAACAAGUCAAGAAGCUCAAGGCUACAAGAGACUUGGUGCUGCAAGCUGUUGAAGAUGCAAAGAAGAGGGGAGAAGUGGUGGUCAGAGAUGAAGUUGAGAAAUGGCUGAGCAGCGUCGACCGGCUCACCAGUGAGGCUACCAAGUUUUUCGAAUAUAAAGGCGACGCCAACAGCGGGUGGUUUCGUUGGUUGUAUGGCCUGUUGAUGUCGCGGUACCAGUUGAGCAAGAAGGCAAAGAAGAUGAUAGAGCAUCUUGUUCAGCUCCAAGCAGAUGGAAUAUUUGCUAAGGUUUCUAAUUGAUUAAUUAGUUAGUUAAUCUUGUGUGAUAAUUGGUCUGAAAGUUUCAACUUAUUUAAGCAUAUGUAAUUCAAUAAUAAUCUUCUGUCUGUUGUAUUGUAUUUACCUCCAAAUUUAUAUAGUAUCUAAUUAAGCAUGUUUGCUUGCUGCUUCGUGAUUUCUCUAUAAGUGGCACCAUAUCUUGUGUGAUUGGUCUAAGCAGAAAAUUGCAUAGCCUCCA